AUGGCAACUGCUGGCAAAGUAAGUUAUUUACAAUAAUAUAAACGUAUAAUUGUUUGUCGCAAAAGUGCAGAACCGACAUGUUUAUGUUAAGCUGACCACGUACUUUUUGUACUCGGAAUGCUCUUUAAAUGUUCGUUGAUCUUGUCGUUCGUAUGUUUUGGAGGAAAAACAAAAUUUCAGUGAUUUUUAGAGUAAAGCAUUUUUUGGAAAUAGCGGCAUAUUUGGCACUGUUUUGCAACGACACAUUACUAGGUUUAAUACCUUUUAAGGGAAAAAUUUUUUAUAUCGGUGUACGUAAUGUAUUUAAAGUAAAAUGUAAUAAACCUACUUUCUCACCGUUUUUAAUUUCUAAAAAUAUUCCUAAAAACAACAUACAAUUACAUUUCUAGCCUAUUACAUGUCGUGCUAUGGUAGCAUGGGAGCCGAAGAAGCCCCUGAGUCUGGAAGAGAUCGAAGUCGCUCCACCAAAGGCUGGUGAAGUUCGAGUUCAGAUUCUGUACACCGCCUUAUGUCACACUGAUGUCUACACUCAGGAUGGUCACGAUCCGGAAGGCCGAUUCCCAUCGAUUUUGGGUCACGAAGGUGCUGGAGUCGUGGAAUCCGUCGGAAAUGGUGUGACAGAGUUCGAAGUCGGAGAUUAUGUCAUCCCAGUCUACGUACCACAAUGUCGCGAGUGCGAUUACUGUAAACAUCCCAAGACCAACUUGUGUCAGAAGAUUAGGUAUGAAAACGUUUUUAUUAGAUUUUAAGCGUUUUUGCUAAUUUUCAGGAUAAAAUGCGGUCUUGGCCCCAUUUUUUAUUUUCUUUUUGGCCAAGCUAAAAAACUGCCAGAUGAACUGUAUAUAAGAUUGAAGUAGUUCAAUAAAAACGUUAAAAAUCUUUUUUUAACUAAAGUUUUUUAGAAUCACCCAAGGACAAGGUGUCAUGCCCGAUGGUACUUCUCGUUUCACUUGCAAGGGCAAAGAACUGUACCACUUUAUGGGUACCAGUACCUUCAGUGAAUACACGGUUGUCGCCGCGAUCUCGCUGGCAAAAGUAAGCCUUUAUCAAUCAGACUUUUAUGUUUUAGAUCAGCAAAAAGGCCCCGUUAGACAAGGUCUGUCUGCUCGGUUGUGGUAUCCCUACUGGCUAUGGUGCCGCCCUCAAGACGUGUGGAGUGGAAAAGGGCUCCACUGUGGCCGUCUGGGGCCUUGGAGCCGUUGGUUUGGCCGUUAUUAUGGGCGCCAAAGUCGCCGGAGCAAAACAAAUUGUUGGUAUUGAUGUUUUGAACGAGAAAAAGGCUUUGGGUAGGUUUGGAAAGGGUGUUUACUCCUGAAUUUGUUGUUAUCAAUGAAGAAAUUGUUUCCAAACAACGUGAAGGAAAUGUUGCGGAAAGCAAAAAAUGUUUUGUUGCUAAAUAAUCAAACACAUUAAUUCAGUGUUUUGCCCGGACCGGUCCGGAGCGUUUUUCACCGGUCCGGUCCGGCGAUUUUUUGGGUCCAGUCCGGUCCAAACUUCAAAUUUUUGGGUCCGGUCCGCAAAAAAAAUUUUUUAAAUUUUUAAAAAAAGCAAGGAUCGCUAAAACUGCUUUCUUUUUGCUUAAAAACGCUAAAAAUAGGUUUUAUUUGCAAUUUUUAAAACAGUUUUCUUAAAAUAAAAAAAAAUUUUCUUCCGGACCGGUCCGGAGCUUUUUCUUCGGUCCGGGUCCGCAGGUUUUUGGGUCCGGUCCGCAAAAAUUCCUGUUUCGGUCCGUCCGGUCCGCACCGGACCCGUCCGCGGACCGGUCCGGCAAAACACUGCAUUAAUUAAAGUUAGAAAAAUAAGAAAUAAGGUUAUAAUCGGUAUUCAGCUGAGAAGUUCGGAGCUACAGACUUUGUCAACCCCAAGGAAGCACCUCAAGACAAGCCCUUCCAACAAUAUUUGGUGGACAAGUUUGAUGGAGGAUUUGACUACACCUUUGAAUGUAUCGGCAAUGUCAAUACCAUGGUAAGUUUUCGAAUUUUAAAAGUUUACUGAAUAUUACUGAAAGCUUUCAAAUAAAAAUAGUGUAAUAAGCAGUAGGUCAGACAAAAAAAGAAUCAAGGAGAUUUCAUUUAUUAUAAGAAAUGAUUGCUUUAAUAAAUGUUUACCUAAUUCAAUAUUUAAAAAAACAUUAUAAACUACCUAAACAUUUAUUAAAAUAAGAUAUAUACAUUAUAAUAUUAAUUAAAUGAGUAAUACAGUUAAGAUAAGUAUGACUUGAUUGCAGAGACAAGCUCUUGAAGCAGCACAUAAAGGAUGGGGAACGUCGUGUAUCAUUGGAGUCGCGGCUUCAGGCCAAGAGAUCUCAACUCGACCAUUCCAACUGGUCACUGGUCGCACGUGGAAGGGAACGGCGUUCGGUGGAUGGAAGAGUCGCGAUUCUGUUCCAAAACUGGUGGAUGACUACCUGGAUGGCACUUUGAUGAUCGAUGAGUUCAUCACACACAACUACGAUCUCCCCGACCUCAACAAAGCCAUCGACGUUCUGCACAAAGGAGAGAGGUAACUAUUUAAUAUUGUUAAAGGGGAUGAGGAAACAAUAUGGUAUGACUGGGACAAAGUUAGUUUAGGUAAAAGUUUAUGGGUAGUGAGAGUUAUCGCUAACUUUUUUGGCCAGUACAGACGGUACAGCUCAAAGGUGAGCCAUAUAUGACUAAUCAAGCUAAAAGUACUCGUAAGACACUAAAUCUUUGGCUUUGGGAAUGACCUUGGAUAGUUUUACAGCACCAAGACAACUAAAAUUGAGUUGACUAGUAUAAUACACUAAUUUUGAUACUUUUCAGUCUCCGUGCCGUUAUCAAGCUCUCCAAGUAG